CUUGAAAUUGGAAAGGGCAAGGAUGCGUAGUAAUAGAAUACGUUAGAAAAUCAGUUAUCUCCUCGCAUUAAGGAUGAUGUCAAUGUUCAAAAUACACAAAAUUGUCGCGCAGAGAACAGGAACAGAUAGAUAUAUGUCUCAUCAUGUACUAAUUCCAUUGAGCCGAUUGCUUCUCGCGGUAUCAAUGCCAACAAAGACAUACUUCCGUUUUAAGUUCCACAUAUGCGCAUUUUCAACUGAUUUCAAUGACCUGAAGAAGUUCAUAAGGUAUUUAAAAUCCCAUCUUUAUUUGUUAGAGUUGGCUACAGCUCAUGUAGAAAGCAGACUUCAAUUCAGGCACUUUCUGAUUUCAAAACAUGGUAAAUACAAAGAAAAGUGUGAACUAUGGAGAAGACGACUCGUUGAAUACGAGAUAAAUACAAGAAAUAUAACUAUUAUCCUUGAACUCCCUAACAUUGUCCCUGGUUCCAAAAUACUGACGUCGCUCGGAUAUCGUUCGAUCUUAAGCUCUCAACGAUGCUGUUGUAAAAUAGCAGAAAACAUGAAAUGCUCAAAUCAUACGAUAACCCCUGAAAAAUUUAUCGUUAAUCGUGAUAGCAAUAAAUUAGAUCAGGCAAGGCAUCAGAUUAUAGCAGCAAAGGCAGUGAUUCGCUGAAAAAUGAAGAAUCUAAUAUUGAUUUUGAUGCAGGCGUGGAGUAGUCAGUUGAGCUUUUUUUUCGUUCCUGAAUAAAUUUGGGGGGUGCUUUAGAUGGUUCACUUGCAACUUGAUGGCUUCGUAGCUAUUGUGCCAGUCUCUUCACAAAAAUAACCCAAGUGCUUCUCAUCUUGACAACUAUAAAACUUAUAUCACAUGUAUGCGAAUGCUGUAGAUGCUUUCCGGAACAUUGUCUUUUUUGCCAUUCACAAUGUUUACUUUCUUUGUUCUGUUACACAGGUACCUUAACUCAUAAUAGCAGGAUAAACCCUCGAUUUUCGACAUGAAUUCUCGAUUUUUCCAAAUAUGGCAACUUUUGUUUCUAAACUCCACGGCUACAG